UUUACUAUCUGAACACAAAUGUGGGCGGAGCGGAGGAGACGACACAACAGCAAUGUCAAGAAGUUUUCAGAGUCCGUGCUGUUGUGUGUGCGCCUCACGGUAGCUGGAGAAACAAACAAACAAACAAACAAACAAACAACGGAUACACAGUGGUGUCGACAGAAACGCGGAAGUCGGACUCGGACGCAAAGCCAUGGAGGGUGUGUAUGGAUGGGGCCUGGCCACACUCAACCCAGUCCAAGCGGCGAGCCCCUUCAUAGAGAUCAUCGAGCAGCCGAAGCAGAGGGGGAUGAGGUUUAGGUACAAGUGUGAGGGCCGUUCAGCCGGCAGCAUCCCCGGAGAGAAGAGCAACGACACCACUAAGACCAACCCAGCCAUCAAGAUGCACAACUACAGCGGCCCCCUGCGUAUUCGCAUCUCGUUGGUGACGAAGAACAUGCCGCACAAGCCUCACCCGCACGAACUGGUCGGGAAAGACUGCAAACACGGCUACUACGAGGCGGACCUGCAGGAGAGACGAAUACACAGUUUUCAGAACCUGGGCAUUCAGUGUGUCAAGAAGAAGGAUGUGAAUGAGGCCAUCACUUGUCGGCUGCAGACCAAUAAUAACCCCUUCAACAUUCCCGAGGCCAAGGUGUGGGAGGAGGAGUUUGACCUGAACUCAGUUCGGCUUUGCUUCCAGGCCUUCAUCACUCUGGCUUCAGGGGACCUGAUUCCUCUGGAGCCGGUGGUAUCGCAGCCCAUCUACGACAACAGGGCCCCAAACACAGCUGAGCUGAAGAUCUGCCGAGUCAACCGCAACUCUGGCAGCUGCAAAGGAGGCGAUGAAAUCUUCCUGCUGUGUGACAAAGUGCAAAAAGAGGACAUCGAGGUGCGCUUCUUCCAGGACUCCUGGGAGGGAAAGGGCACUUUCUCUCAGGCCGACGUCCACAGGCAGGUGGCCAUUGUGUUCCGCACGCCGCCAUACCGCGACACGAACCUCAGCGAACCCAUUCGGGUCAAGAUGCAGCUCCGCCGGCCCUCUGACCGCGAGGUCAGCGAGCCGAUGGACUUCCAGUACCUGCCGGCUGACCCAGAUGAAUACAGGCUGAGUGACAAGAGAAAGCGUACAGGGGACAUGUUCCAAAGCCUGAAGCUGGGGCCCAUGCUAUCUAGUGUGUCCAUGCCACAAGAUAGACGGCACAUAAGCCCAGCAAGAAGGGCGGUUUCAGCCAAGCUUCCAUCAAUGAAUACACAAGUUGCAGCUGCGGCGCCCCCUGGUGCCAGUGGAGCGAAAGCCCAGCCUUCCUACUCGUAUCAACCGGGCCAGCUCUUCUCGGUCCAGCCAAAGGUCGAGGUCUCCACCAUCUCCGCUGCAACUCCAAAGCAGACAUGGAGGAUCAUGGAGACCCUAAACCUGGGCCACCAGCCCAAAGCCACUCCGGUGCCCAACUUUCCAAUGAGCCAGCCAAAAGCACCCUGCUCCGUUACCACCACGUCCACCACUAACCAGGACUACUCAACCGUCAACCUGGCAGACCUUCAACAGUUCUUCCCCGACAUCUCCUCGGCCAUGGUCCAGGAGACGGCAGCUUCUCAGGGAAGCUUGUCCUCCUCACAGACCGGCAUCUCCUUCACCCUCCCAGGCUCUCAGUUCCAUGUGGACGCACCACUUGCGGACGACGAUAUCCCAGAGUUCCCGAGCUUUUCCGAAUCCCAGCCGCAAGGUACCCUGGACAACCUGAACAUGGAUGAGUUUGAGGACCUCCUGAACGUGAGCGGAAAUGGCACCUCGAUGUUGGCGCAGGCUUCAUGUCAACAAGCCUCCCCGGCCAGCUCUUCUACGGCGGCCCACAACGCAGCGUCCCACAACAUUUCUGACCCUGCCAGCAUCCCAGGAAGCACCUGGAUGAAUUACCCCAACAGCAUCGUCAACCUUCUCCAGAACGAGGGCAUGAUCGACAACGGCAACCACCGGCCCCCUGUGCUGGAUGAGUUUGACGAGUUGAUGUCCGCUGACGAGGACCGUCUUAUUUCCAUCUUUAACGGUGGAAGCCAAGCUGGGUUUGUUUCAGGACACCCAACCUAAAGUGUGUCCAAGGAAUGUCUUUUUUCAUUUUUUUUACAAACAUAUGUACAUCGACCACUUGUAUCUGCCCUUUCAACGUUCAGAACUUAAAGACCUUUUUGGUAGAAAAGACAACAAGGGAAACAAGGUGGAUCUGGAGCUGUAAGAGGCAGAAUGUAGCCAAACCGCUCACUAUAGCCCAUAGAUACACCGGCAAAGACUCUUUAUGGUGUUCAAUUAGUGGGUUUUGCCUGGUCUUUAUAUACAGUUUCACUGACUGAUAAAAGACAGGACUGCCCAUAUUCAGAUUUCAUCGCCCUUGUUCAGCAAACAAUUUAUAGAAACAGUCCGAACAGAUGCAUUGGCAUCUGCUCAAAUGUUUUCCUGUGGAACAUGUGAGGCAUGUUUUUGUACCCAUCAUUUUAGCCACUUUGGUCAGUGUUACUGUGAUUAUUACACUGCAAUGUGUACGUUUGGUCUGCCUUUUGAUUUCAAACAAAGCGGCAGGUGUUCUCGGCAGUAAUUGGGUCUGGAGGUAAGUCUAUGCAAAUGAUCCCAUGGUCCUUGUAAUUAAAUAUCCCGUGUUUUACUUUGGAAUGUUUUUCUGAAGGUCUGCAGUAACUGACAACCUUCGCAUACAGGUGCCUUAGUUGAGUCUCAACUAAAUGUAGUAAUGUGUUACAAACCAAAUGAAGGUCUACAUCGAAGUAAUUAACAAGCAUUUAUAAGUACAUGCUUAUAGCAGUGUAGCUCAUGGAACUGUAUGCCAAAUUUCCUCUGGUCUCUAUCAGUUUUUCUAGUUAUUGUGAAUAAUGGCAGCAGUUUAACUCCCAGUUGUUUCAGACCUGUGGGUCAAUCUUGCUUUACUCUGUAGUAAAAGAUGCUUCCAGAUUAAAUAGUGCUAUUUUAUACUGGUAUGACAUGAACUGUUUAUACUUUGCCUUCAUGCUGUAAUUAAUGACUGUCAAAGUUCCAAAACACUUUUCUUGACAAUAAAAACCACAACAUAUUCA